GCGCACGCGCACUGGCCGUUUUUUUUUUUAUUAUUAUUAUUAGUACCGAACUGAACUGUUGGUUGGUAACUAUCUUAGCGGCUUUUCUCGACAGCAUUUGAACUGAAAGGAACUGAAGUGACAUAUUUUUGAGUUCACCGAGAGGACCACAGAAUUCAUAAAUCUCAGAGGAUGGCUUUAUUAUUGACGCAUCCGUCCCUGAUGUAACGGAGCCGAGCGGUGAGAACCCGGUCCUUACGAUCAGACAGAUAUUUAUAUAACUUGUAUCUUAAACACAUAUGGCAGCAUGUAAUCAGUCGACUAUGUCUCCCAAAACCCUACGGACAUGCUUUAAAUUAUAAAACAGGCAUCAGUUUAUCAUAUAAACUGUCCUCGGCCUGAUCUGACGUUAACUGUGGUGGUGUUUCGAAAUCUAGUGAGCUGCCUAUCUAGACAGCAUGUAGGGUGUGUGCGAUUCGUGAAUUAUGAGGAACGUAUGCGCCUUUGAAAGCCCCGAUGAAUGAUAUCUAUGACAUGCCACGUCGUCUUAGCACACCUGAACACGUGUGAAAGCCCCUGAUGACGAGGAGGAUGAGGAUGCCCUGACACGUGACGUCAUGGAGGAAUGCACCUGUACUCGAAGCAGCUGCCAGUGAAGGUUUGAUUCGUCCACAUCACCUGCUCAUCCACUCCAGCAAUGGGAAGGAUUAGCAUUUCCUGUCUGUUUCCAGCAUCCUGGCACUUCAGCCUGUCUCCGGUGGUUCUGCCGCGGUUCCUGUUGCCUUCCUUCAGGCAGCUGCUGCUGCUGGGUCUGUUGGCGGGUGUGAUGGGGCUGCUGUACCUGCUGCUGGUCACAGGGAAGGGCCAGUACAGCUGGCUAAGAGAGGACCGACACCUCCACACACGUUUGGGUCGGGUGCCGGACAUGGAGGCCACGGACACCAAUAACCCCAACCUGAACUACGGGCUGGUGGUGGACUGUGGCAGCAGUGGCUCCCGUGUGUUUGUGUACACCUGGCCUCGGCACAACGGCAACCCGCAUGAGCUCCUGGAUAUCAAACAGAUGCGAGACCAGAACAGGAAGCCUGUAGUGAUGAAGAUCAAGCCAGGUAUUUCAGAGUAUGCAUCCACACCAGGCAAGGCCAGCGACUACAUCAGCCCUCUGCUGAGCUUUGCUGCUCAGCACAUCCCUAAGAACAAGCACCAGGAAACGCCUCUCUACAUCCUGUGCACCGCAGGAAUGAGAGUCCUGCCUGAAAGCCAACAGGAAGCCCUGUUGGAGGAUUUGCGCACUGACAUUCCUGUAAAUUUCAACUUCCUGUUCUCCGACUCCCAUGUGGAAGUUAUCUCAGGCAAACAGGAAGGAGUGUAUGCAUGGAUAGGAAUCAACUUUGUUCUCGGCCGAUUCAAUCAUGUUGAGGAUGACCAUGAGGCCGUGGUGGAGGUGCAGGUUCCUGGCAGUGACCAGCAGGAGACGCUGGUGCGCAAGCGUACGGCUGGUGUACUGGACAUGGGUGGCGUCUCCACUCAGAUCGCAUACGAAGUGCCCAAAACUGUAAGCUUUGCUUCUCCAGAACAGGAGGAGAUAGCCAAGAAUUUGCUGGCGGAGUUUAACCUGGGCUGUGACGCUCACAGAACAGAGCACGUGUACCGCGUUUACGUCUCAACAUUUUUGGGUUUCGGUGGAAAUGCAGCCCGCCAGAGAUAUGAGGAAAACCUCAUCCACAACACACAAGUCCAAAACAAGCUGCUGGGUCAGCAUCAAGGAGAGAGUGCAGACUCACCCAUCCUGGACCCCUGUCUGCCAGCUGACCUCCAGGACGAGGUGGGUCCUCGGGAGCAGAGGGUGCACCUGAGAGGCACUGGAGACUUCAGUCGCUGCCGUCUGCUGCUCCAGCCGUUCCUCAACCGCACCAACGACACCAACACCUCGCUGAACGGAGUCUACCAGCCGCCCAUCGACUUCACCAACAGCCAGUUCUACGGCUUCUCCGAGUUCUACUACUGCACUGAAGAUGUGCUGCGCAUGGGAGGGGACUACAACUCCACCAAAUACUCCAACGCUGCUAAGAGUUACUGUGCCACCCAGUGGACGACUUUGAAAGAGCGGUUUGAUCGAGGACUUUACGCCUCACAUGCUGAUCAACAUAGACUGAAGUAUCAGUGCUUCAAGUCUGCGUGGAUGUAUGAGGUGCUCCACUCAGGUUUUGUGUUUCCAGAGGCGUAUGAGAAUCUCAGGACGGCCCUGCUGGUGUACGACAAAGAAGUGCAGUGGACACUAGGAGCCAUUUUGUACCGCACACGUUUUCUACCUCUGAGGGACAUCCCGCAGGAGAGUCUGAAGGGCUCUCACUCUCACUGGCAGCACAGCUUCUCCUUCAUGAACAACCACUAUCUGUUCCUGGCCUGUUUUCUGGUGGUGGUUCUCUCCAUCCUCCUUUACCUGCUCCGUCUGAGACGCAUCCACACGCGCUCCACACUCCUGCGCAGUGCCUCCGCUUCCGUCCAGUGGCUGGAGGAGGGCCUGGGUUCCCCAGACCUCCCUGUUACCCUGUAGGACUGGGACCGGUCACUCAAACAGCUGGAGGAGACGUAGCUCUCUAAUGAAGGUGUUUUGGUUUGGAAACACUCCUCCACUAGCAAUGAGUAAUGAUUCUACAUGACAUUUGCAGCCAAGGCCAGUCACACUUUGGUGUAAUGUGAAGAUUGCAGCUCUGGAAAGGACCGGAUGGCUGCCUCUGAUCAGCUGUGGUGUUGUUUAUUUAUUAAGAGGGACGCUGAGGCUGCCUUUUGAUUUUCAAUGUCACUAUCAGUGUGAACGGGGACGUGUGACUUGAGUGUGUUUCAUACACUUGUCCCCAAUUUGGACACUCUAUAGUCUAGAUAAGGUUCUGCUGGCUGUGACCUCAACUCAAGACUACGCAUGAUUAUGAAAUGAUUUGGUUGUGCCAAAGAGAAACAGAGUGAGCGUGUGUGUGUGUGUGUGUGUGUGUGUGUGUGUGUGUGUGUGUGUGUGUAUGUGCAUCUUGAUUUUUUUUUUUUUUUUUUUUUAUGCCACCGCCCAUCAUUUCUAUGGCUUCACAUGCGGGUGAAACGGUGUGAUGUUAUUUAAACAUUUAGAGCUCUAUGAUGAGAAUCAGUGCAAUAUAUUACAGAGUUAAAAGCACAUCUUUGUGUUCCAACUUGCAAUAUAUAUUAACAGUUCACUCAAAAAUAAAUUGUCAUGUUCAACCCCAUAUGACCACUUCUGUCGAUGACUAAAAGAUUUAAUAAUUCGUCACUCUUUUGCACGCAGUUACAAUGAAUUAGGAUCAAGAUUUAAAAAGUACAAAAAAAGCAUCAUCAAACAAAUCAUUGGACUUAUGAUCUAAAGUAUUAAUUCUGAAGCCAAACAAUAGCUUUGUGUGAAGAAGGACCAAAAAUAGAAGUCAUUUCAGUCGAGUAUAGUGUAUGAGUCGAAUGGGCCAGUAUUUCUGUGAUGCUUUUUUUUUUUGUCAUUGUAGAUUUCUCAUUCGCUAUCAAAUUAUAUUUCCAAAAUUCACCCUUUUGCAUCCAUGGGAAGAAAGUCUCACAGGUCUGGAAUAAAAUGGGGAUAAGAACCAACCUUUAAAAGGAGGGGUUUAAUUCAGUCAAUUUACUUCCCUCAAGUUAUUCUAAACCUGUAUGAAUUUCUUUUUUUUUUUCCAUCGUAGAUUUGAAGAAUGGUGUUAGCCAAAUGUUUUCAGGUCCCCAUAGACUUUCAUAGGAAGGUUUUUUCGGUGGAAGUCAGUGGGGACCAACAACUGUGGGUUACCUAUAUUCUUCAAUAUUCGUGUUGAAGAAAACUGAACAGAAGAAAGAAACUAUCACACUUGAGGGGAGUAAAUAAUAUAUUUUUUUUUUUUUUCAUUUUGGCGUGAACUUUUACUUUAAUUUUCUACAUUUUUCAAGGUAAAUUUGCCGUUCAUAAGGAAGUACUGUAUUAUGAGGGGAUUUCAGAGACAAAUAAUAAAAAAACAUGCAUCUAAACGCCAUUCAUUGUCCUGGUUGAAUGUGUAAGUGUGUGUAUUUCAGUGCAAAUUCUCAAUGACUUGUUUUUCUCGAAGAAAACCUCAGAUGUUGGUGUUGAUGUUCGCGUCAGUCUCUGCUGUAUGUUGUUGAUGUUUGUCAUGCACACGUACCAUAUUAACACAAAAGUUUGCAUGCAGAAACAUCAAUUCCUACAGCAUUUCUGUUGCCAAAAAUAAUGAGAAAUUAUGAAUUAAAAUGGUGUUUUGUGUUUUCUUCCUAA